AUGCAAACUGAGCAAAAAAAUUGCACGUUUUAUUGGAAAAUCGGAGCUUGUAGGCUUGGUGAUCGAUGUUCUCACUUGCAUCAAAAGCCAGCCUACUCUCAGACCAUCAUGAUCCGACACAUGUAUCCAAAUCCGAGAGGAGCAAACUAUGUCGAUCAAGACGGAAUUCUAAGACCAUUCACAAAUGAAUUCUUGAGAGAAUAUUUUGAUAACUUUUAUGCUGAUGUAUUCAAAGAAUUGGAAACCAAACAUGGUCUGACCAUUGAAGAUUUAUAUGUUUGUGAUAAUACUUGUGAACACAUGUUCGGAAAUGUUUAUAUUUCAUUUGCAAAUAUUGAGGAUGCCAAAAAGUGUUUUCAACUAAUGAAAGGAAGAUUUUACGCAGGAAGAAUGUUAGUUCCCGAGUAUUCACCUGUUCUUGAUUUUUCCGAAGCAAAAUGUAGACCUUUUGAAAGAGGAGGAGAGGAACAAUGUCCUAAAGGAGCCAAUUGCAAUAAUAUUCAUCCAUUGAAACCUUCCGAAGAUUUGUUAAAACAUUUACUAGGAGAAACUAGAUAUGAAUUGUAUAAACAGAAGCAUGAAACACCAACUCAUCAUGAUCAUUAUCAUCAUCGUGGUGGCUCAUCCGACUACAAUGCUCCAUAUGCAGGAGGAGGACAACACAGACAUCAUAGACCACAACAGCACAGAGAUCAACAACAGCCACCACAUCAACAACCUCAAUUUUCCACACCUCCCUCAAAACCUGGAUUUAUUCCAAGAGGUGGCAAUGUCAGUGGUGGUGGAGGUAGAUACCAUGACAACAGGGGAGGUGAUAAUCGAAGAUUUAGCUCAUCAUCUGGCUCAGGAGGAGGAUACUACAAUGAACAACAUCAACAACCACGAGAUUCCAGACAUCAGGGUGGUGGGGAUAAUCGAUAUCCACGAUCCGAUAAUAGACCACCAAGUAAUGAUAGGUAUUACAAUGCCUCUACAUCACCUCCAGGAUCCUCUUCUGAUUAUAACAAGAGAAAGAGGAGAGAAGAUUCUGACAGCAAUUAUGGAGGUGGAUCGUACUACAAGAGAAAUAAGGAAUAA